CACUGAUGUGAUGCACUUACAUACAUGCCUACACAUAGAAAAAUAAAAAUUUUAACUGGCUGCUCCGAAAAGCCAUCUUUGCGUUGUUCCUGGGUCCGGCUCCGUGCUCGCUGCAGCCAUCCUCACCGCCCGCCGCCUCCCGCGCCGGGACUCUGGCAGCUCCUGCGUCAGAGGCCGCCAGUCCUCACGCUCGCCCCCCGCCCGCUGCAUCGGAUCUCCGGCGUGCUCCACCAUGUCAGACGCAGCUGUGGACACCACCAGCUCCGAGAUCACCACCAAGGACUUGAAGGAGAAGGAAGUUGAGGAGGCAGAGAAUGGAAGAGACGCGCCUGCCAAUGGGAACGCUAAUGAGGAAAAUGGAGAACAGGAGGCUGACAAUGAGGUAGAUGAAGAGGAAGAAGGUGGGGAGGAAGAGGAGGAGGAAGAAGGUGAUGGUGAGGAAGAGGAUGAAGAUGAGACUGAGGCAGUGCCGUGCAAGCGGGCAGCUAAAGGUGAUGAGGAUGACGAUGUUUAUACCAAGAAGCAGAAGACCGAUGAGGAUGACAAGACAGCAAAAAGGAAAAGUUAAACCUAAAUGGCCACCUUGACGUAUUCACCUACUUCCCGUCUCAGAAUCUAAAUGUGGUCACCUUCCAGUAGAGAGGCGGGUCCGCCCGCCCACAGCGGGCAGU